AUGUGCGGCAUCCUCGACGACGUCCACGCUUAUGGAGGCCAGGAGCAACAGGGUCAUGGGUCUUCAGUGCUUGGCAAGUUUGGGAGAGAGGACUUGCGAAGUGGCAGGGUCCACGCCGUCAUUGCAGACGGUGCUGUCCAGAAAGCCCUCAAGCUACUUCGCUUUGCGCUGCCCAAUGUGGCGCUCAUUGCCCGCGACUCCUGUCAUGUUCAGCGCAUCGCCGCGAGUGACCCAUUGAAGCGAGAUAGCUGCACUUUGCCCAAAUUGGAAAUUUUGAUUGUCAUUUUUUCAGUUUCAAUGGGCUUCCUGAGUGGAGGCAUGGGCCAGCGAUGGAGGGCGUCCAAAAAAUGGCGCUACGAGCUGCAGCUGGUGCAAAGCAUGAAGCAAUGGACCGGCCUUUCGACGGUCUGA